GGGUACCGCGCAUGCGCUGUGAGCCGAGCGGGCAAGGCGGGUACCGCGUCCAGGUGCGGGCUGGGGGUCGGUGAGCCGCCCGGCAAGGCGGCGUGCCCGCUUACUGGCUUUCUCCCUUCGCGGGCACCGGGAUGGUCCGAGGGCGUCUGCGUUGCUCGUCCGGGAUGAGCGCGAAGUCGAGGACUCGUUCUACCUUCUACCCGUUCGUGCCGGAGCCCGACAAGACGUUCUUACGAAACCUCUUCUGCCGCGUAACGUGAGCGGGCGGGGGGCGAGGGGGGGCGCGGCCCGCGCUGCGCUGCGCCGCUCUGCUCUGCCGGGCAUCGGCACUGUGGCAUCCGCGGGCACUGCGGGCGGCGCGGUGCCUCAGCCAGGCGGGAGAGGCGGCGGUCGGACGCUGAACCGUUAGUUCAGUACGUGUGUAUGGAAUGGAGGUCCUGAAGAGGCCCGUUUGCGCCGACGCAAAGCCGGGGUUGUGGUUUUACCGCAGGGACUGAAGGACGGUGGGAGAAGCAAACAAGCGAAGCGUGCGCGGUGCGGCGGUCUCAGCCCGGUCGCGGGCCGGGCCUGACGCGGUAAGUAAGGUUGGUCCGUUCCGCGCUGCCUUUGUUUGCACGCUGAGCGGCGUAGGAAAGCAAACACUUUGUCAUCCUCGUCCCGAGCAGCAGAGCCGUGCUCAGCUCUCGGCUGGCAGCAUCAGUCCUGGUGGCUGAUCGCUGUGUUGCCGCUACCACAGCGCGGUGCGAGCCCCGCCGCUGGGCUGAGGGUGGCAGAAGCGCGCCCGAAAAUGACACCAGGUGAAGUUAAAGAUAAAAGAGGCUAUGAGAAUACCCGGCCUGUCGAAUCCUUAGGGAACAAAGCCGAUGUGCUAGAAGAGAUUGCUGAACAAACUGUUCAGAUUUGGUAACGAAUUGUCCCUGUGAAGCAGCUGAGCAGCACACAGCUUGGCGCUGCCACAGCUCCUGGGGAGUCCCGCUGUCGGUGUGCAGAGCACCCUGAGAACGUGGCAACAUACGACAAAUGUCUGACCAAAAGUACACUUUUUGUGGAAAUAAUACUUUCAGCUUUUCUAUUAAUUAGGCUGUAAGUGGUAACGCUGUUAUCUUCCUUCAUCUGCUUAAAUUAUUCGUACGAUUCAGUAAUUAGCUACUCCGCAGAGCAGCCUAGUAGUUACACUUCAACCAUGCUGAGCUAACUCACUGUCACGAGCUAACAGGUGAUCGCUGCUCCUGUUACGUAACCUGAUCCCAUUUCAUUUAUGGCAGCCUACAUAAACUUACUAUUUUUGACAGAUUCGAUUGCUGAUGGAAUUACACUGAGAUGAAAAACAGAACUUGAUUGUUGUUGCUUGUGAGAGAGAUUAAAAUGUCCUUUUCAGGGAAUUUAGAAACAAUGCCUUUUGGUAUCAAUAAGUAGAGCCCUCAGUACCUGGCUGGAACGUCAUUGCAGUCCGCUAGGACACCUUGGUGCUGCCUUGGGGAGCUAAAACUCUUGUCUUCUCCAGGCCUGCUUUAAGAGACGUUUCAUUGCUAUUUGUACUGAUGAUUUUGAACAAACAAUGUAGGUAAAUAAUACUCGACAGAAACAGAAAAACCUCACAUCCGAGGCGUAACGAGAAGUUACAGAGCUUUUCUGUGCUUCGGAGCAACUCGGUGUUCUUGACCAGCUUAAGCACUGUAGUAGAAUUGUGAGUCAGAAACGUGUAUUUUAGGUGCCUUCACAAGGCUGACCAAGAACCUGGCUGAAAAUAAACUAAAGAAACAGAACAGUCUUUCGAGCUGAAAAAUAGACCAAGAAAGGAAUUACAGGGCAGGCUGUGGGGAGAUCACAGUACGAGUCAUUACACUCAUCUUUGUUGUUGUUUCUGAAGUGCUUAUUUAAAAAUCCCAGGGUAAUGUCAUCUUUAGUUUUUGUUGUCUUUGUUGUCAUACAUUCUACAUUUUAAAUUCAGAUGCCAUGUAGUUAGGAGAAUUUUCUCUGAUAAAAGUUCCUAUAAAGUCUUGGCAGAUAGAACCUGAGCAGCAGGUUGUUGUUACCAUGUCCCAUUAUUUGCAGGGUGCCUUGAAAACGGAGCAAUUCUUUUUUGUUGCUUUUAUGUUAAAUUCAAACUAACCGUGGUGACAGCAAAACCAACUUCUUUUUGUUUCAGAAAUGGGAUUUUUUUAGGCCACAGUUGGAAUUCAGCAACAGAAGUGGUGGUGCAGCUUCUCCAUCAUAUACACUUCUCAUGUUCCUACACCUCUGUUGCCCUCUUCUUGUGAGUGCACAAAUUCAUCUGGGUGUAUGGUAAAAUAGAAUUGAUACACGGGCAAACCAGUGGCUGUGUUUCAAUGGAAGGAAUCCCUGGUCUGGUUUAUCUCACAGCCAUGCAAACAGCUGCACUGACAACAGAAAAAAAUGCACUUGGAACAGUGUCCUGAAAUUGUCACCGCUCCACUGGAACAGACAUCUGAAAAGAGCAAGAGAAAAAGGAGAGUUAGACAGCAGCUUGUGCUGCAGGAGCGGCAGUGUGUGGUGCUGUGAUGGAAACAACAGAGACCAUUUGAUACUUUACUAGGCACAUUCUAAAGAUCAAUCUAAACAUUGUUUUACUCGCAUUCGUUACUCACGUUAGCCUGAGAUGGCUCUGAACUUCAUUGGUAUGGUGUCAGAACACGUGUGGAACGGGAGAUAGAUGUGCUGAAGAAGCUCAGUGGCUGCUGUGCCGACACAGCAGUUAGAGCAAUAGGUUUGUUGACUGAAGCUAACCUGAGAACAAAAGCAAAAGGUCAGCAUGGGCAUUUUUCCCCUACCUAACCAGGUAAUCUUGAAUCAUUCUCUGUAAGCAAGAUCAAAAUCCUGUAUGAUUGUCACCAUUAUUAAGUAAUAUUUGUUUUCCAUCCUGAUGCUUUUUGCAAUUCUAUCAUGUCUUUGUAAUUAGCUUCAGGUGAAUCUAAUUGUGAUUUUAUAUUUUUUUUCCUGGCUGAAAUUUCGGUGGGUGCUGGAGUUGCUGAGCCAUCACUUGGGUAUUCCGUGAAGUCUUUAAGCUAGAGAACUGAAUCCUGCACCCCGAAGCACCCCGACUGCGCUCUGAGAUGCAGUCGCUGAAAUGUACCCUUACUGCUGUGACAGUGGCUGCCAGCGUCCUCCAAGCCUUUGUGUCUCUCUUCAGACAAAACAGACUCAGGCUGCAGCCUGAGAACACUGUAGAUUUUUGAGCAGUAGUUACAAAGCCAGAAGAAUCUCCCCUUCACUGCUAUACUUACAAGUCAGUGCAUUCCUUGGUGUUAACCUCUGGCUGUGCAGAUUAAUGUAAUGAUGUAAGGUGUGUCAGAUGGCUUCCUUCUGCAGGCAGAGAACACCUCUGCAGCCGCUGUUAGCGCAGGCCUCCGGAGGUGCCUCACUGAAGGGACGUUCUCAUUUUGUGGUGUGGAAGAGAAUCCACAUUAACAGGCAGUUACAAAUAACGGCUGUGACGGAGGAGCAAAACCUUUCCCAACAGCAGCAGUGCAUGUGGGUAGUGUGCACUCAGCAAGGAGAUGCAGCAUACCUGAAGUCUUGGAGCAGUGCUUUUAGGUAACAUUGCUGUUCUCUUGUCUCUCAUAUCUUUGUGCUAACCAUAUUUACAUUAAUUUUGUGUUCUUUUCCUUCGUGUUAUAAAGCCUCUUUUGUGUUUCUAACCACUCAUAAUUCCACAAAAUCUGGGUUUUAAGCUUGUAUGCCCCAAGACCCAAACAAAACAAGCGUUAGAUGGCUGUUUUUUCUUUGUCGUGUUUGCAGUGGUUUGUUGUUUAGUUUCAUUGGUUUCAUUUUAAACUGGAAAAUGGUACUCUAAAAUGUGGCACUCCACCCACUGACUGCAUACAAAAGGUUUUAAAUUAACAGGAGAGUUAACAUUCUUCCAAACCUCAGUGCAGAACAUAUAUAAUUAUGCUAAAUCGUUGUUGGAAGCUAUUUUGACAGGAAAUGUUGUCUGCCGUCUGAGAUUUCGCUAUAUGUAUAUACUUCAGGCAUGUCAGCUUUGUUAAAGUCUCUUAAAGUGCAGCAUUAUUAAUAGCAGUAGAAUGAGCUGCCGUAGCCCACUUUAAUGCACUGUAAGUGUGGCAGUGGACGGAUGUUCCCUCCACCUUGCCUCCAGCUUUGUAUGGAGCUCCAGUUGUCCUGUGUCUCAGUACUGACAUUUGUCAAGUUGAACCGCUUGUCUUUAAACCUACACAACUAUUCCAGGGAUUGUUUAUAUUAAAAUUUACUUUAUUCUGUAAACUGUUGAAUUUCCAGUUUUAGAUAGUGAGGCUUUGUUUGUAUUUUCCUUUGUUACCUUUUAGAUGUAAUAGGGAUGCCCAGGUUUAACUGCGAACAGUAAUGAACUAACAGUAAAUACCAUUUGUAUUUUAUUUGCAUGUUUUCAAGCCUGAAGCUUUUCUGCCUGUCAGCUCAAAUGGUUUAGUAUUGAGUUUAUCGUCAUUCUUUUCUCUUCCGAAAUGCUCCCCAGGUUACUUUAACAAAUAUUGUAAUGAAUUGAUCAUUUUUUGUCCUUGCGGGGGGGGGGGGGGGGGGGGGGGGGGAAGAAUGCUGCGUUGGUUAAAUUUUAAUCUUCACUACCAAAAUUUGACCAGCUUUGGGCGUGCGCACUCCCAUCUAACUGCAGCUCAGUCACAGCAUACUCUGCAUUCAACUUCUUUUUCCAGGUAGGAAAAAAGGGCUACAAGGGUUCUUCUGCUAACAGAACAGGAAGUCCCUUAUCUUCUAAAGCUGCGUGACUCCAUGCUUAAUUGCAGGCUCCAGGCAGAUACGAAACAUGCCUUGCUCAAAUGAAUUACUUGAGCCUGUACAAGCAAUUUCAGGACCUACGGCAUAGAAGCCAGAUGAGACAAUCUAACCCUCAACUCUUUGAAUAAAAGACAAAUAAGUGAAAGAAGAAGAUGAGCAGAGGCCAAGACAGUGAUGAUUUAGUGAAGCACAACAUUAAAAGAACAGGAAAAAAAAAGAAAGUUUACCAAUAAGAAAUCACUUCUGGUUUGAUGGUGACCCUUCCCUAAGGGAUCAUCCUUCUUGGUGCCCUCACAUCACUCCCAAAGUCCAGUAUUUAACACAAAAUUAGGGCUCCUGCGGCUCCUCCUCUUCCUUCAGCCUGCAGAAAGGUUGAUCAUAAAGGCACCCACCUAAUUCCAGUUCUCCCAGUUGUGGGGUAAUCAGCUCAUUAUGCCGAUGACAGAAAACUGUAAUAUAUAUGCUAUGAUUAAAAAUAUUUUUCUCUUUAUAUGAACAAAAGUGGUCAUUUAAUGCUUAUAUUAUUUCUGGUCAGAGGAAGGUGCACUCCCUUCUUUAGGAUCAGAGAUGAAAUCAUUACAGAUAAUUAACAACUUUGCUUUACAUUUUAAGUCUGCUUAAUACAGUUAUUUUCCUUGGUGGCUAUCAGAAAGAAAAUCCAAACAAAAAAACCUCAGUAUGGUAUUGUACAGAAUAAAUAUGAGUUAGAAUUGCUACAUAAUUAUAUUUGUGCAUGUCUCCCCUUGAUCCUCCCUUCUGAAUAAGACUUGGAAGCAAAGCAAUGAUAAUCUGUUCCUCACAAAUCCUUCCUAGGGAGUAUGUGGACCAUAAACUAAUAAGGUUUUAGCUCUUCUUUCUGAGAGAGGAAAUAAGUAGUGCAGUAUUAAAACAUUCAUAUGGCAUUAAAGAAUUCCAAAAAGAAGUAGAAAAUUAGAAGGUUAGGCUUAAGAACACUUCUUUCCUACAACUAAGGAAGAGUUUAUGAUACUGUAGGCUGGAACAGACAAGGGCUUCUUUGUGCUUACCUUUCUUCUGAGGGUUGCACAAAGUGAUAGUAGGUGUAUUUGUAUCUAGUCCCUUCCAAUAGAAUAUAGUCUACACAGUCUCUUUUAGUCUAAAGGCUACCUUCAUCUUGACUACUGUGUACAGUUCUGCAGUUUUCUCCCAUCUCAGUAAGAAUACAACAGAACUGGAAGAAUAUUUGAAUAAGGGCAAUAAGGACAAACGCACGGAAAUUGAAUUUCAGAACAGUGAAUUAUAAAGGUAGAAAAUCAGUUCUUUAUGAAGAGGAUCCUGCUUCUGUUGAUGGUAAAGCAAUGCAAACAAUAAAAGAAGGCAAAGAGAGUGCCAGGUCUCUUUGAAAUCAGCACAUAUUAUUUAUCCUUUGUAUAGCAUAGUUCUUGAUAUGCGCAAAACUAAUUUUCAGUGCAUUUCUUAUUGCAAUAGAACAGACAUACUGCCUUCCCUGCUCGCUGGGCAUCAUUUCAUGAAAAAACUUUUGGCAAAUCUAAGUGUUAUAAGAGUCUCUUUCCGUGGUAAGGUGGAACUGCUAGUUCAAAGCUAUCUGAUUUCACAUCAUGAGUUCAUAGAAACAUGUCCGUAAGUAGCAAGGGGCUUCUGCACUUCUGUAGUAUGGCUUUCUGUUCAAGGCAGGCCCCAUUAGAGCAGGUUGCUUUAGGCUAUCUCCAGCUGAGAUGUACACAUAUGUACAUCUAUAGAUAUAUUAAGGAGCCUAUAUCUAUAUCUCUCUCUCUCUCUAUAUAUAUAUAUAUCUAUAUGUGACAUAUAGAUAUAUUUAUUAGAUAUAAAUAGAUAUAUAGAUUUCAUUUAUUAGAUUUUCCAUGUUGCAGCUUAUUACCAUUUGCCUAUUGUUCACCUCUAGGGAGAACCAAGCUCUACCUUCUCUACAACCUGCUUGCCAUCAUCAUCUUUAAUGCUAACCAAACCCAUCUCCAUCAACUUCUCUCUCCCUGAGCCCUCCAGUGGCCUUCGCUAAUCUUGUUUUAGUAGACGAACAUGUGUCUUCUACAAGUCCAAAACUAUAGACAGUAUUCCAGAUGUAGUCUCAUGGGUGCCAAAUAGAUGGGAAAAAUGAUUUUCUUCCAAACCUAUUGGCUCUAUUCAGCCCAGCGUGCAGCUGGACACAUUUGCUUGCAAGGCCACGCAGUUGACUUGUCUGCUGUGACCCCUGUGUCUUCUACUAAGCUGCUCUCUAGACAGUUCCCAACCUGUCGUGCCACAUAGGGUUGUGUCAGCCCAGGUACAGGGCUCUGUGUCUGCUGAACUUCAUGAGGUCCCUGACAGCUCAUUUUUCCAGUCUGACCAGGUCCAUCUGCACAGCAGCCCUGCCCUCCAGUGUAUCAGCCACUCCCCCCAAUUUGCUAUCGCCCACAAACUUGGUGAGAGUUCACUUGAUCCCAUCAUCCUGGUCAUUACAGCAGCCAUUGCAGGAACCGAGGUUGAUGUAACCCCUAUAAAAGAAAGCAAGUCAAACAUCCUUCCAGUGAUAUGCUAGAAUGUGUGUUUUACAAAAAUAAAUGGAAGAGUUGCAUUGCUUUAUCUCUUCCUAUCGAGGUAUAAAAAUCAAGAGUAGCCCUAGGAUCCACGAGAAGCAGGCCUGGUUCUCUUCUGGGUGCAAAUGCUGUAACACAGAACUUGACUUACAGCACGUAGUAAAUCCUCUGGAACGCAUGGAUGGGUGUCAAAACUUAAGAGCUAAGAAAGUCAGAAGUUAUUUAUAGAUUCCUUCACCAGAAUCUGCUAGUUUGUGGCUUUGCUCAAAGACAGAUGAUAUUUCCAUAUCAUAAAAAAAGACCGUUUUGCAUCAAUGUGUACAUGGUGCUCCAAGAACACACUUGCAGUCUGUUCUUUGCCUGGGUGAUGGAAGGCACGGGAUGGACUUUUUGCUGGUAGCCAUUAUAGUUGAGGAGAGAGCAGAAUCUGGAACAGAACCAAACCAAAUCGGAAAGAAAGCCUGAUGUAAAAAAGAAUGCUGUAGGAGUCAUUUAGCUCCUCUGCACACACUAUAACUGUAAGCCAGUUUCAAGAACAUUUAUGUAAUAACAACCUUUCUAGCACACAGCUGUCUGUUAUGUGCAGCUCUGCACUAGCACAGCAUUGCUAUGGAACAGGCACAACAUCACUACCAAAGACCAUGUCAAGGACAGGCCUAGAGACAUGGUUCCCAAAAUUCUCUCCUUGUACUCAGAAGCUUACUUUUCCAAAGACACUCCAGGUUAUACCAUAGACUGGUACAAUCUUAAAUUGAAACUGGAUUUUGUUCUGUAUGCCAGAAGUGGAUUUAUGAGAUAGCACCAAGAAGCAUCACAAACUGGUUAAGUGGAACAUUUUCUGAUCUUUCACAUGAGUCUCUCUCUCCAAAUUAUGCUUUAUAACUCUUACAGUUUAUGGAAUGACAUCCCCAACAACACGAGCUGAAGAAAACAUUGGUAAACAGGAAGCAUUGGCUGUGAAAAAGAACAGAGGAGGGCAAGAUGAAAGAGAAGUCAGCCAAACUUCUAAGAAGUGGAAACAGAGGCUGAACAUUCCCAAACAAAUUCUGGAAUAAGACUGUUCUUUCAGUGAAGAUGAUGGUGAAAAGGUUGAUUGUGUACUAUUGGGGCAUUCGGUAUCUGAAGGAACAGACACUUGUAAGGGGUGUAGGCCAAACCUUUGUCCCAAUGCAAUGUUUAAGAAAACGUAACUUGGAGACAGUUGCCACAUACAGCAAUCAUACACAGUUCAUUGACUUGCUGCUGGGAAUCAGCUCUUCAGAUUUAAUGAUUCUGAUACCUUCACAGCGAGGAAUAUUUUUUCUUCACCAGAUUUCCUCCAGGAGCUGGUGCCACAGAACCCAAUUUGGGAGUUAAGCUGGGAUACUGGACAUCAAAGUGUGGUUCCCCGGCUCUGUCACAGUCCUCAUGUAAGACCAUAAGCAAAUCACCCUGCUUCCAUUUCCAUCUCUAACAAUGGGGAAAGUAAUUUCUUCCACCGUUCUUUCUUAGUUCAGUUUGCUUAGUUCAGUAAUCCGCUGGAGUAGGAAAUAUGUCAUACAGAGUAAUCAUAACAUGCUUAACAUAGAACCCUGAUUUUGUAGAACUUAUCUUAUAUACCUACACACCCUGAUACUACAAUCAUCAUCAGUACUAGAGAUCGUCAUCAUAGCUAAGUGAUGAGUCUGUCUAUACAGACACACACAUACAUGCGCGCCAACCUCGACUACGGUCAAUGCUUUUUAAUUUCUCAGUUAAAACAACUGCUUUUACUAAAUAAGAAGUGUUAGCGGAACCAAUUCUGUUGCUAGAGAAAUACACCUUUGCAGCCAUUCAGUCAGCACAGAUAUACCAUUACACCAUUCUCAGAAUCACUGUUCAAAACAACGUAAGUAAAACUACCACUGAGCACAUGCAACCUUGGUUAAGGAUAUUUGAAAAGCAAAUGCUUCUCCCACCCUCACACAGCUCCAGUUCACAUAAAGUAAGAAUUCAUGAGUAAGAAAGCACGCAUCACCUGUGACAUAUAGCUUACAUCAGUCACCGGGUGCUUCAGAAAGAAGGAUCACCAGAAAAUGUGGAUAUAGCAUUUGCAGUGUUUAAGUAUUAUUUAAAAGUUUAAAGGGACUGUGAAGGCUCAUGCAUAAACUUCAAAUGUCUGUAGCGUUUUUUCUUAGCUAUACAACAUGGCAAUUAACUCGGCAACCCAGUUCCUUGAACUAAACUGUUUCCUUUUAUGAGAUUUUUUUUGCCCCACUUUCCUGAGAUGUUCUCCUUUUAACUUUUAUCACAGUUCACAUGAAAUGGAACUCCUGACUUACGCUCCUUACUUCAUCACAUAAUAUCACACUGCAUCUUCGUCUGCUUUCUGACAGCAGCAGCUGCAGUCUGAGCAUGUCGGUCUCAUGUGAUUUUUAGCAGUGAUUUUAAGAUUACUGCCCUUCCCUCAGAGAACAAUGUUUUUCUAAAUCAAAGAUGACAUGUUGGGUAGCACAUAUAAUGACAGAGGAGUAGAAAAGGCGCUCACAGACACGAUCACCACCAGUAGCCUCAAAGAUUCUGCACCAUCACACUAAAUCAGCUUCUGUGGUCUCUACAGAAAGAGAAGCUGUGGAACCCCAAUAGCACGCUGUCGAUCUCUCUCCUGUUCUAGAAGAACAUUUCCCAGGGCUGCAGAAUACCAGCAGGAUGGCUCUCUUUCCAUUCAAACUGUUUAUAUAGAAAGCAUUCAGCAGUUACUUGAAGAAGUAUUACAGCAGCGCCUUAUUUAUUGACUGCUCUAUGUACAAUUUCUGCACAUACCACCUCCCCUAAACGUUAAUCAUUUGUCCGUUUGUUGUUUGUGACAGUUGGAUAACACGCAUGUGGUACGUAGACAAGAAUUAGCCAGCUUAGAUGAAAAAUCCUUGUCAGCUGCAGUAACCCAACAGCAGCACAUUGCACCCUGCCUCCUGAAGGGCAAACAUACCGGACAAUCCACGUUGCUCCCUCGGAUACUGUUCUUAUUGUCAUAUCCGAUGGUAUGCUGGAUGGGACACUGUUCAACUGGAAGUUUCACUAAACUGCUGUUGAGAGCUAUUAAAACACUGUAAUAGGUGUGACUUAUUGACCGGAAGAGUCAGUAAACAAAUAAUGUACAAGUGACAAUAUAAAAACAGUGUAACAGCAAUUAGCGGUGUGACUCCAUGAGUAAUAAGAAAAUUGCUUUGACCCAUUUGAUGGCAGUAGCGACAAAAUCUCAAAAAUAAAUCAAUUCUAUCCCAAACCGAUGGAUUUUGUUCUGACUUGAGCAUUAGCAACACCUUUUCCAGACCACCGACAACAGUCAUGUUUGCCAGAGAUGGCAGUUCUGACACACGAGCCCACCUCCCCCGGGAAACACAGCAGGAGCUGCGCUCCACAGCGCUGGUACCACUGCAGAGAUGGGCACACAGCGGCGGCAUCCAUCAGGAGCGGCCGUGCUGCGAGCUGCCAGCAAACCACAGCACAGCAUCCCGAGCCACCACCCGCCAUCCCUUCGCUCAGUACAAGCUCUCAGGCUGGAAACCAGGCUUUCUUCUGGUCUGCAAGGUUCACACCGCGACUGCGUCUACUUCUUCAAGUACAGCACACAGCUUUGCCUGGGCUGCCAUAGAAGUGCUGGUAUUCUGCACGCAGUUGCACAAAGGCACACCGAUAUCCCGCCCGCAGCCGGGGUGCCUCACCAUCUGCCCCACGCUACACCAACUUGUGUGCCAAUACAAACACAUCUCAGAGCACGGACUGAUGGCAGCGUAACAAAAACAAACCCGAUCCGUCUGUGCAUGCUUCUUGUCUUCUGAAAUCAGACCACAUAUGAUUUCCACUUCUGAUGAAAGAGGUAUGUUAUCCAAAAAGAGAAAUCAGAUUAUUUUAAGGCAAAAGAAUUAUUCUUCAGUAUGCAUACGCAAAAAUAUUCUAUGUCUUUGAUGAAAAUACUGUUCACUACAAAACCAAACAAAUAAACAACCUUUAGGCUGCUUUCUAAUAGUAAGAUGACCAAGAACAGUUUCUUGUUAAGCCCAUUGAAAGAAAGAAAUCUCUGUCUUUCUCUCUAAUUUUAAGUUUAUCCCCAGUGGUGUUCCUAUCCCAAAGGGUGCCAAUGCCACAGGAGAGAAAGCCAUCACCGAAACAAAGCCCCAGCAUAGAGAGGGCUUGGACUGCAGGGAGCAUCGGCAUGGAACACAGCAGUUACGAAAGGUCUGAUGAAAGAACUGCAACACAACAAUGAAGAGAAGUUGUAUAGAAGUGGCAUUGUGUACUGAGAGGGGCAAUGACACCACGGUGGGAAGAUGGUAUCCAGCUGUGCAUUUUUCAAAAAUAAUUGAAGACUUAGGAAGGGAAAAAGGGGAAAGAGACCUAAAAAUUAUAUGACUGGGAAACAAACAAACAAACAAACAACCCCCCCCCAAAAAAAAACCCACAAAAACCACAGCAGAAGAUCCCUCCGGGAUAAGGCUGUGUGGCCGGGAAGGCUCCAAGUUCCUCUCCUCGCAGCCCGGCCGGGGGAGCAGCCCCGCUCCUCCAGCGCUGAGCAACCGCGCCGCUCCGGCACUGCGUCCCAGCGCUGCAGCGCCAGAGCGGACCGAUGCGGAGCGUCACCGCCGGCCGAGCUCCCCGCCGAGCGUCCGGCACGGCGCCCCGGGACCGCAGCCGCAGCCCCUCCCUUCUGGCGGGACGGACAGAGCGCGGUCCGCGGCCCCGGCUGCGGGGAGCCGACCCGGGGCAGGAGCAGCCCUUUAUAGCCGGCUCACACCCACACGGCGCUCGCAGAGUGCGGCAGCGCUGCCCGGAGCCGCAUCCCCGCCCGCCCGCCCGCCGCGCUGCGCAUGGAGCCCCGCCGCCCGGCCCCGCUGCCGCUCGUGCUGCUGCUGCUCGCCGCCGUUUAUAGAGGCACCUUGGGGGAAGCUCAUGUUAGGAACCGAAGAGGAAUUCUUGAAUUAGCUGGAGCCAUUAGAUGCACUACAGGGCGGUCUCCUUUUGCCUACCUACGUUACGGAUGCUACUGCGGCCUGGGAGGAAGGGGAUGGCCCAAGGACAGAGUGGACUGGUGCUGCUUUAACCACGACUGUUGCUAUGGUAAGGCAGAGCAAGCAGGCUGUCACCCCAAGAUAGAAAGUUACCACUGGGAAUGCGAGGACAACACUGCUGUAUGUGAAUCACUAGAAGACAAAUGUCAAAAAAUGGCAUGUGAAUGUGAUCGUGAAGCUGCCAAAUGUUUUUCUAAAGCUCCCUACCAUACCAAGUACCUCCUGUGGCCAGAUAUGAUGUGUGGUGAGGUUCAACCUUUGUGUAGAUAUUAAAUACACAACAUCAGCCCCUAUGAAAACUUUGUACUUAUUUAAAAUCUGGAAAGACGGCUUUUGUGACAGUAGCGACAGGAAAUGAUUUCUCUUUCUUGUCCUUCCCUCCUGCUGCUCCUCUGCCUUAGAAUGGCCAAAGUAAACACUUCUCUUCUUAUUUACUUUCUACAAUACAUGGACUAAAACCAA